CGCCGCCGCCGCCGCCGCCGCCGCCCGCUCCCUCGCUCUCGCUCUCCCUCUCCCGUCGCCGCGGCGCGGUGCGGAAGGUAGGUUGCAGUGCGUGUGUGUACACACCGCCCCGAGCAGGAAAAUGGACCCCUUAGGGAGGCAGGCAGGCGUUAGCCGCGCACGCUGCGCGCUCCCGGGGAGGCAGCGGCUAUGAGGAGGCGAGCGGAGGACGGGGGAACAAGCAGCAUAAAAAAGAAGUGUUGAGAGCUGCUCUUAACCCUUUUGGAGUCCGAAGUCAAAAGGGAACUAGGGGGCUUGAUACAUCCCUUGCAUCCUGCAUUUACUCUGACCACAGUCCCUCCCUGUUCUCACAAGUGGAGCUCUGCCCUGCUUCCCUUCCUGUUGAUUCCCAGUCAGCUACAUGACUGCCUGAAGUUACAUUGUAGAUGCUGAAAUCACUGCACCUUAAAAACAAAAAGAUUAAACUGCACUGCAUUCUUACAAAUUGCCUUCGUGGUCCUGGUCCUUUGGUUCCACACAAUCAUCGACUGAGCUGAGGGAGAUCUCCCUAUAGCUACUGCUGGAGAAAGGACACUGCAAGGGACGAAGUGACUCUGCUAUCACACAGCUCAAACUGCUUCAAAGGUCUGCCCAGUGUGCAGUGGUUGGCAGUUUUCCUCAACUUCGCAAGAGACAGAGAGAUUUGGUUGGAAUGAAACCUUGCUCUCCGAACAGUCUGCUUGAGAUGCAGCAUUGAAAGUGAAUUACAAAGUGACUGGAAGAAUCAGGAUCAGUUUGCCUUGCAGAAUGAUUGUCAAGUUCAUUUUCAUCUUUGGAGGCCCUUUGGAAAUGGAAAAGAUGGUGACUUGGAUGGGAAAAAGGAUGAUGUCCAUUACCCUCAGAUCACUCACGAUCAGUUUGUGGCCUUCCUCCGAAGGAACCUUUCCUGUCUCUUCUAGCACUACCCAUUCAGGUGGAAAUCACACAAUAUUGAAGGAUUAUCUGCUGUUAUCUUUGGACACAGCCUUUCUCUGUUCCCUGCCCCAAUGAACGUCUGCACUAGGUCCAAGGCUUGGAGUAAUUUACCUGAAGAGUGAUACCAUUUGGAAACCACUGAAGAAACCCAAGACAGCUGAAAACCAGAAGGCGUCUGAGGAGAAUGAGAUUACUCAGACGGGUGCAUGCAGCGCCAAGCCGGGCCUUCCCUGCCUGAACCUUGAAGCUGUUCCGUCUCUGAGCCCGGCCCUCAUCCACUCACCACAUUCACCAACAAACCUGCACGCACACACAGGGUCAUCUGAUUGUAACAUCAGUUGCAAGGGGAUGACAGAGCGCAUUCAUAGCAUCAACCUUCACAACUUCAGCAAUUCUGUGCUCGAGACCCUCAACGAGCAGCGCAACCGUGGCCACUUCUGUGACGUGACGGUCCGCAUCCACGGGAGCAUGCUACGCGCCCACCGCUGCGUGCUGGCGGCUGGCAGCCCCUUCUUCCAGGACAAGCUGCUGCUGGGCUACAGCGACAUCGAGAUCCCCUCGGUGGUGUCAGUCCAGUCUGUGCAAAAGCUCAUUGACUUCAUGUACAGUGGGGUGCUGCGGGUCUCACAAUCAGAGGCCCUCCAAAUCCUCACAGCUGCCAGCAUCCUGCAGAUCAAGACUGUGAUUGAUGAGUGCACAAGGAUUGUCUCACAAAAUGUGGGAGAGGUCUACCCGGUGAUUCAGGAUUCUGGCCAGGAGACACCCAGGGGAACACCCGAAUCAGGCACUUCGGGGCAGAGCACUGACACAGAGUCCGGCUACCUGCAGAGCCACUCGCAGCACAGUGUGGACAGGAUCUACUCAGCCCUCUAUGCCUGUUCCAUGCAAAAUGGCAGUGGGGAGCGCUCCUUUUACAGUGGGGCUGUGGUCAGCCACCACGAAACAGCCCUGGGGCUCCCCAGGGACCAUCACAUGGAAGACCCCAGCUGGAUUACCCGGAUCCAUGAACGGUCACAACAGAUGGAGCGGUACCUCUCCACCACUCCAGAGACCACGCACUGCCGCAAGCAACCACGCCCUGUCCGAAUUCAAACCCUGAUGGGCAACAUCCAUAUUAAGCAGGAGAUGGAGGAUGACUAUGACUACUAUGGCCAACAGAGGGUGCAGAUCCUUGAGCGCAACGAGUCUGAGGAAUGCACUGAGGACACUGACCAAGCAGAAGGCACUGAGAGUGAGCCCAAAGGGGAGAGUUUUGACUCGGGAGUCAGUUCCUCCAUUGGCACUGAGCCCGAUUCCGUGGAGCAGCAGUUUAUGGCUGGUCUGGGCCGGGAUGGGCAGCAAGAACCUUCUCAAGCAGAUCAAAACGACGUCCCUGCUGAUGGCACUCAGCCACAGCAGCAGCAGCAGCAUGUAGAUGCCAACUCUUCCUCACCAGAGAGAAGCAAUGACGUUGAAAUGGACAGCAAAGUGCUCACAGUCAAUAACAGCACCGAAAAGGGGGCUUUGCAGCCUUCUGUCAACACAACUGUUGCCCAACCAUUGCCAACCACACAGAUCUACUUACGCCAGACAGAAACCCUCACCAGCAAUCUGAGGAUGCCACUGACUCUGACCAGCAACACUCAGGUCAUUGGCACAGCUGGCAACACCUACCUGCCUGCCCUUUUCACCACACAGUCUGCUGGCAGCGGCCCUAAGCCUUUUCUCUUCAGCCUGCCCCAGCCCAUAGCUGGCCAACAGACACAGUUUGUGACAGUGUCCCAGCCUGGCCUGUCAACCUUUACUGCUCAGCUGCCAGCCCCUCAGCCCUUGGCCCCAUCUGCGGGCCACAGCACAGCAGGUGGGCAAGGUGAAAAAAAGCCUUACGAGUGUACUCUCUGUAACAAGACUUUCACCGCCAAACAGAACUACGUCAAGCACAUGUUUGUACACACAGGUGAGAAACCCCACCAAUGCAGCAUCUGUUGGCGCUCCUUCUCUUUAAAGGAUUACUUAAUCAAACACAUGGUGACGCACACUGGCGUGAGGGCGUACCAGUGCAGUAUCUGCAACAAGCGCUUCACCCAGAAGAGCUCCCUUAACGUGCACAUGCGCCUCCACCGCGGGGAGAAGUCCUACGAGUGCUACAUCUGCAAGAAGAAGUUCUCCCACAAGACCCUGCUGGAGAGGCAUGUGGCUCUGCACAGUGCCACCAACGGCACGCCUGGAGCCACCGGCACCGGCGCCAGGGCUGUCCCUGCUGGGGUGGUGGCCUGCACAGAGGGGACCACAUACGUCUGCUCUGUCUGUCCAGCUAAGUUUGACCAAAUCGAGCAUUUCAACGACCACAUGAGGAUGCAUGUGUCAGACGGAUAAGUAGAAUCUCUCUCUUUGUUAUGAACAAAAAAAAUAGAAACAACAAAAAAAGCUAUGGCACUAGAAUUUAAGAAAUGAUUUUUGUUUCAUUUUUACCUUUAUUUUCCUCCUUUUUUUGGGUUCAUUUCGUUUUGUUGUUUUUGUACUACAUGAAGAACUGUUUUUUGCCUGCUGGUACAUUACAUUUCCGGAGGCUGGGUGAAUAAUAAUUUUCCCAACCUCCCUCGGAUGGUGGCCUUAAGGCCAGGUAGUGCUUCAUGAGCUCCACUGGUUGGAUCUCUAGCUACUGGCCUCUAAAUACAACCCUUCUUUACUACAAAAACAAAAACAAAAAAACACAAAAAAAAACACAAACAAAAAAAAACAUAAAAAAUCAAAAAACAGACAGAAAAAAAUAAAAACAAAAAAUUUUCUUUUUUCUCACUUGUGAAGAGCACUACAAAAAAAAAGAAACAAAACAAAAUAUAUUACAAAAUCUACAAGGCCUACUGUCGUUAUAAGUACACCGCUCGCAGUGUUUCAAUGGACAUAAUUCACAAUGCUGACCGCUUUUGGACUUCACAGUAUCCAGUUAGAACUGUGGAAUAUUUUGCUUCUGGUUGAGCAGCAACCAGAGGAAACAAGGCCCUGCUGGUUUCCACCACGUGUCUGCUUUCUCACACACAUGCAUCCACAAACACACGAAAGGGCUGAGGGGAGUGCAAGGCAGUGUGGCUUGGAUAGUGUGGAGUCCCUGCAGGAUGAGGAAAAAAGAAUCAGAGGUUCCUCACCUGGAUUCUGCUCCAUCCCACGCUCUUUGGCUCACCCUCCCCGCUGCUUUUCCCAUACCACCACCACCUUACAGCAGAAACCAAGAAGAUUCAGACAACGAGCAACGGUGGCUUUUUGUAAUUUAUUCAGUGUCUUCGCUGAGCCCAGGGCCUCAGCACAAUCAAGAGGGACUUUCACAGAAGGCAAAGAGAAACACAGAGGAAAAUCAAAGAUAUCAGAGGUUGCAACCUAUGGAUCUAGGUACAAGAGAAGGGUUAGUUCCCACAAUCUUUGCAAAAAAAAAAUGCAUCAGGAUUUAUUCUUGUGGAAGAAAGAGGAAUAGAGGGCGGGUGGGGAGGGGAAUAAUUAAAAAAAGAGUUCUUGGGACUUUUUUAAUUCAAAAUUUUAUAGAGGGGCAAAAGUGACGUUUACCAGAUAGAAUGCUGAUUUUUUUAAUAUAUUUACAACAGUAUUUGUGUAAAAAAAAACAAAAAAAGUGAGAUUGUUAAAAGUAAUUUUUCUUUGUUUUCUUUUUUGUUUUGCGUACACUGCCACUAAUAUCUUCUCUUUUAUUAUAUAUAUGAAUAUAUAUAUAAAUAUAUAUUUUAUUUUAAAUUGAGACUGUUAAGGUUAGCUAACCUGCUUCCAGAUAGAGGGGGGGAGGGGAGAUGAUCUUGAUUUUUAUUUUAAAAAAGAGGAAGGAUGUUUCUUAAUUUUCUUUUCAAGUAUUAUUUUUUUCACUCUCUCUCUCGUUUCUAAUGGAAUCAAGAAUUACCUGGGUCGAUGAGGGGCUCUGUGAAGUCAUCUGUGGGAUUAUCUAUUAGAGUUUGUGCGUCCUGCAGUGUGGGUUGAACUGCUACUUUGUUUUUGAAUUACGUGGUUCUCUUUUGGCUCUUACCAAGGUUCUGUUGUUUCUGGUUUUGGUUCCAUCUCAGAAUUUAUUUCUGCUGAAGGGAGGUUCCUUCUGAGAAAGAUAGUUUCUUGCAACGUUCCCUUGUUUUUGAGGCUGAUAGAGUUUGUAGUCUUUUUCUUUUCUUUCUUUGUUUUUGAAAAUGUAAUGAAAGUUUUGGAAGUGUGUAAUAACUAGGAUUUCCCUUCUUUUUGGUCACUGGACAAGAAGUAAUCUGCUGUAUUGUUGUCUCAUCCCUGCCUUGCUCUCUAGAGAGCUUCCAUAUUUUUGUGGGAAUCUGAUCCUGCCCCUGGUAAUUUGUGCUGAUGCCAAAAUAACUUAAAAGGUUACCAUUGCAAAUAAUCUUCCCUUCUUCAUUUGCAAAAAUGUCUAACUUAAGGGCCACAUCCCGCAUUCUCUGCAUAUGCAAAGCUAUGCAAGGAAUGUAGGAUCGGUGUGACAGAUUGAUUCCUGAUCUGCAUAUACAUGUUGGUGUUUUGUAUUUUGUUUUAUUGUGUUUGGGCUGGUGUUCUCCCUAGUUGUCUUCUGUGUAUCUGUGUGAGAAUUUUCCCCCACAGCCAACUCCCAAAGUACAUGGGUCCUUAGUUCAGUUGGUUCAGUGUCUGACACUGUCUUUGUCUUGCUUGAAAUCCAUAGCUAGGAUUUGCACCAGCUGCACUCUGGACUUUAUUUUUUAGGCAGAGAAGAAGCACCUAACAAAAAUAUGCAAAAAGAAAAAAAAAUGGCUAGUUUAGCUUUUACUCGUGUCUAUAUUUAAAUUAAGCUUUCUUAAGUUUACAAAACUUUGCUUGUGAACACUGAGCAUUUCACAUGAGAUAUUCUUUGAUGCUGGACAACCUUCUAAAUAUUGACUCGAUAGGUCUGCACAUAAAAUGUUGUGUGUUCUUUCCACCUGCAGCUUCUGUAUCAGAUUUCUGUGAUUCAGCACAGGUAACCUCGUUGCUACAUUCUAGGCCCGUUCCAUUACUGAUUUACUAUGGGCAAAAAAAACCCUGACAGAUACUUCACUCUUAGAAUCUUUCUGUAACCUGCAAGGUAUUGUUCAGCAGAUCCUAAAUGUCCAAGGCCCAAUUCUCACUUGCACUAGACAACAUAAAGAGACUUUGAGGCAAGUGCCAGAAUGAAUGAGCCUUUUGUGUGGUAAUGUCUUUUUUUGUCGCCAGUUUCUUCGGGUAGUUCAAGGAUUUUCACAAAGAAUCCACAUUAGUUUGGCUGGGCUAGAGGAGGAGCACAAGCUAGUUAAAGAAUAUUGUUUUUAUAACUGCACUGGUAAAAUAAAUGCUGGCAUGUAAACCAAGAAGUGAAAAGACUAAGCCUAAGACACAGAGAGGGAGAACUAGUAUCUGCUGUGCGAAGAAACACUAAAUCUGUACAGAAAAUACAUGUUCUAGAGACAGGGAUGGGGAGGAGAGUGGGGAAUGUGAAGCUAUACAAAAGGAUUUGAAGAUGCUUCUCUGGGGAAAAGUUUUUUUUCUGAGAUCUUUAGUGUUGAAAAGUUUGGUGUUCUCCCAUAUGAGGAAUUAAUGAAUUUUACCCAGCUUAAAAAUUUGUAGCUGUUCAUUUGCCAUCUGAGGUCUGGGGAAAAGCUGUUUUAAUUUGUCAUUGUUAAAUUUGGUCAACCACAGUCAAAAUGUAGCAUAUUCUGGAAUAUGGUUCUGAUACCAGAAGAGAUUCCAGUACACAGGAAAUAAGAAUCAGGGUUUACAUCCACCAAAAUCCAAAUACUGGUGUUUAAGUGAAUUAAAAAUCAGUUCUGAAUGAAUGAAAGGUACUAUUUAAAAAGUAAACUCCUUAAAGUAAAGCUAAGGCAUAUAAACUGAGUUCUAAAUCACUUGGACAGUUUAGGUCAAGGUCUUCACAAAUACAUGCCUGAAAUACAACCCGAUUUUAUCAAACUUCCAGGCUCAAAAAUUAGUGGCUAGAUUUUGUAAAACAUGGAGCAACUUGCAGCGUGCUUGUAAAUGUAGCUGAAAGUGCUCAUCAGAUCACUUACAUUUUUUAAGUGCCCUUCUAUGAACUUAGGAGCUCACUCAUAGACCCCUUUAUCUUUUAAAACAUCAAAUUCUCUUUAAUAAGGCUUCCUCCUGUCUGUAGAAAUAUUUAUUUCCUGUGUGGAAACACCUACAAUAGCUGAAUGUUACAGGUAUUUUCAAGCUUCAUGCAUUGCUACUAUAUUCCUUACUAGAAAGAAUACCUGUAGUACACUGGUAGUCCCAAUGAUCUCUAAACUGCUGUUGACAGUGUUUGAGUGCACUCAUGUCAGUAUGCUUAAAGGGUUUCCUUCAAAACACCAGGUAAGACGAGGUAGAUGAGAAGGAGUGGACAGUGCCACACGUCCCUCUGAUGGAGCAUGCAAUAUCCUGCAUUCCUUGAGCCCGAUUCUCCCUUUCCCUAAAGCUCUCUUUAUAUUGCUUUGGCAAUGGAAAAGGGCAUUAAGUGGGGCACAGAUUCAAGCAUACAAAUCAAAGCCUCUCUACAAGGCAAAAGUGCAAUUAGGAAGCCUUAGGUUAAAUGAGAGUGCCUUCUCUUACUGCUGCUGAGGCUGGUGAAGUCAAUUGAAAAGGUAGGAGUGGUCAGAGCAGACCCACCCUGUGGUCCACCUCACCCAGUGUUCGGUCUCUGAGUCUGUGGCAAGGUACAGAUGAUUGGGAGGAAGAUUAAAGACCCGUGUUGGAUAAUUACAAAGUAGUAAGCCUAAGAGAGAAGAUUUAUUAUAAUCCCUAUGAGAUAUGUAUCUGCUUAUAACCUGAAGACAUAAUAAUUGAUGGCCUUAACUUUUUAUCCCAUAUAAAAAUUAUAUGUUGUGGCAGAUAAUUCUCAUUAUCCUACAAAGAUCUAGCUUAUUAAUUGCUAGGUGGCCCCAAUGCUAUCCUAUGGAAGUGAGUUCCUCAAUUUAAUUACAGCCUUGUAGAAAUGAUUCAUUUUCUGGUUAAAUUUGUUGCUGUUCAUUGAAGCACCCUUGUUCUUGUAUUACAUGGAAGUAUAAAUCAGAGGACCAAAAUUUGUCUUCUCUUGCCCAUUCCCCUGCAGUCUGCCUCUCUUUGGGAAAUCUGAAUCCACAAGGAAUGCAGGACCACAACGUUAGUGGCUGCUGGUCAGGAAGGAGAGAACAGCAAGCGAAUGUGUGUGUGUGUGUGUGUGUCGUGUGUGUGUGUGCACAAAUGAGGUUCUCCUACAAGAUCUCUUCCAGAGGCACAGAAAGUACAACUUGUACAUAAUGACAUAAUGGGAAAGUAACAGGUACUAGUUACUUUCUAGUACUAGAAAGUACACUAGUCUUUAGAAAUUUUAAUAUGAGCAUUUUGAGCUGGUCACUCCUCUCGUAAAACACGUAGUAAUAGUCUCUCGUAAGGGAGAUAGAGCUGUUCUGUAGGAGCUGCUCUGGGGACACUUUCUCAACAACUGUCUUGCUCCCACUAGGCCUAUGUCUGGCCCAUGCUGUCAGAUACUUUCAAAAUUAGCCCAAAUUCACGGUAAGCUAACAGGGAAAAGUAUCAUUUAAUUCACUCUCUAAGAGAAUAAGAUUUCCCUUUGCUCUAAGAUCAAAGAGGCCAAGUGAUACCCAUUUUUCUUCUUCUGAUUUCUUUUUCAUCCAAAGAAGAGUUGAGUAAUAACCCACAUACCAUGAGCCUCCUCAACUCUUACUCACUCCAAACUGACUGAUUUCAGUGAACCUUGAGCUAGUCGAUUAAUUCUGCAUCAUUAACAUGGUGGAGGAACAAAUCUCUUGCCUUUAAUGUUAUACCAGCAUGUCCUGGCUUUCUUAGUAGAGAAAACAAAUCCCAUAAGUUGAGGGCACAAAACAUACUCUUUGUGGGAGCGUUGAAUCCAAUCCAAAACCAGAAACACCCAAACCAUUUCAAACAUAACCAGACCUCCAGUAUGCUUAUGCCUGUGACCUUUUAGACAGUUUUACGUGAAGGUAAUCUUACAGCUCUCACUGCUCAAGAUGACUUGCUACUCAAAAAGAAGUAUAAUAUCAAUUUAGUACCUGGUGACUGUUCUGUCAAGGAAAACUAGACCUUCGUAAUCCAGCCCUUUCAACUCAGUAUCCAGCUCCUCUGAGCUAUUGAAAUAAACCUGACAGAAAUGAAUCAGCAGGUAGCCUAACUGAAACAGCAUCUCGUCUGCCUAAAUCUAAAUAGCUACAUUUCACAUUCCCAGAUUUGUUGGUACACUGGCUGUGAAAAUUCCUGAAGGAGGUGUAACGUGAUGAGAACUUGGCUCUGAGAGGUUCUGAGCCUCCUCAGAUCCCAAGAGGCUUGUAACUCAGUAGGAUUUAGCCCCUAAGUGAUCACAACUCUGCUGCAAAAAGAUUUAGCAGAGAAUCUACAGCUAAUGCGUUAAAUCUGAGUUUAUAAAUGGAGUCUGAUAUGAAUGAGUUUAUAAAUGGAGUCCUGAGUUUAUAAAUGGAAUGAAAACCCUUCCCAGUAUUUGAGUGCCCCUGACCAAAAAAAAAAAAAAAAAAAAAAAAAAGUGAGGUGGGAAAGACUUGCAGAGGGGUAGAGACCAAAUGUCUAUGACAUGUCCAAUAAGACAGUUAAGUAUCAGAAGGUGGCAUGAUGCUCGAUUCAUGUCCAUCAGCGGCUUGCUCUGGCCAUGCAAAGUCAGUUAUACUGCAGUUAACCUUCUUGUUUGUCCUGCUAGAAGUAGUACAUAAGGUUUCAGUUAACUUCCUUUAGAGCGAUCCAGUUCAUCUCAGCAGGAGCAAAGGAGUCCCCGUAUUUUGACAGAUGGCUAAGGUGGGAAAUUUGGAGAAAAAUUAGGAUGAAAUAGUUUGAAGAAUAUGCAUAUACUCUAAUUCAGACAAAGCAAAAAGUUGUGUUCUGUUUUCCUUAGUGUAGAACAGACAAAUAGGAUCCACAAGUGUGACACUGACAGAGAUGCUGCUAUCUCAGAACAGAAAUGCUUCACUCAUAGACCUAUUGUAAAAUGCAAAGGAGAAUCUUUGUUUAAUUUUUCUGAGAAAAAAUGUAAAUAAGAAAAAAGCUGUGUUAGGUAAUAGUAUAAAUCCACCUAAUUAUUCCCAAUGCUGAUAACUAAUCAACUAGAUCAGUGCCUCUAGGAACAGAGAAAAUGUUAUGCAUUUAAUGUUUCUAUUCCUAAUCCCCCUCCUACUGGAUCAGGAGUAGCUUAGAUGAAAACAGUGGAGUUACACAAGUGCAAAAUUUGUGGUGAACGAAAGAAUUAUUUCCCCGUACGUCUGUGGAUACCUGGACAUGCUGCCUCUCUGAGUUUAAGUUUAUCAUUACUAGGAUAGUGUUAGAUAAUUUUGGUUUAAUAUUUAUAUUUUCAGUGGAAAAAAAAUACAAAGUUAAAUAUAAAUAGAUUUCUUUUUCAUGAUUUAUUUAGGAAUGGUGCUUGUUUCUUUUUGCACUUAAGCCUCAGCAGCAGUGCUUCAUCCCCAGACAUUACAAGAGUCCAAGUAUAGGAGAAGCAGAGUUGACUCAUCUACUGUAAAUAAGGUAAAUCAGUAACCUGGAUGUGUAAUAUGCUUUAAGUUGCUCUUCAUGUUGCAGUUGGUAAUUCCAAUAAAGAUUUUUCUAGGUUUGUUAUAAAAUACAAGGAAUCAAAUGCAUCCUAACCAUAAUUCUAAUAAAGUCAUGUCAGGCAAAGAAUUAGUCAUGUUUUUUUAAAUGCCUGUUUCCCCUAGAAUUAUCUAUAAAAACUUUUAAAAUAAUAACAAGACACUGACUCAAGAUACACAGAACUUUGCUAGUGUUACAUGAAUCUUCUGAUAGUAUCUCAUGGUCACAGUUUCCACUGCCUGAGUUAAGUCUACUUCACUAACAGAUGUCCUUUCCCUGCAGUCAGUGAACUGAGAUUUUGUGCACAAGCACAAAUGCCCAAGGAAAACUCUUAAUGUUUCCCCCAGGAAUAUUUAGCGUAACAAAUGCUUGACUGUCAGUAGUUCUUGUGACCUCUGCAGACCAUUGAGCAGAACUCUGCAAUACAUGCAGCAAGUAAGUUGAAAUAGGAAGAAAAAAAAAAAGGAGAGUAACUGAGGUAAGCAGGCCAGGAAGGUUUUCCAAACACUCUGUUAACUUGGACUUUAACCCCUCCAAUUUACACAUUUGUCCCUAACUUUUUUAAAAAGUAAAAAGCAGUGAAAUACUUCUUUUGGAAAUGAAUACACUUCAGCCUCAAAUACAAUUGCUGCCUUAAAACACAUGCAUCUGAGCAGUAUGGAGUGUACUUAUGUUUUGUAUCUGUAGCAAAGUUUCAUCUAAAACAUUCCUUUCAUUCAAAAUGCAUUAUAUUGUGUUUUCCUGUUUGAAGGGGUAGGGGAGGAGUAAAGAAAUAUUAGUGACACAUAGUGGUCUCUUUACAUUGCUUCUCAGCUGUUUCUUACCUUCUGUUACAGCUGCAGGUUUGGUCUUCUUCCAAAGUGAUCUCCUUUAUAUUGGGUUGGUUGGCAUUAGCUCCCUGUGAAAUACUGAAGGAUAAAUCCUGUUUCUAAACCAAAUUAAUAUUAUGAGGGUAAGGCUGUGUGAUUUGACUACUGACUCCAGCCUCACCCAUGCCAGUAAAAUAAAUUCAUGUGAGAGAAAUCCAGUGAAAAGCUGUUUUCCGUUUGCAAAUCCCGUUCUUAAUUUCUAUCUGUGCAAUCUGUAGUGGUACUUUUGGGAUUGUGUGCACAUCACUGGAAAUAAAUGUAGGCACUUUGAUUGUUUUCCCAUGAUUUACUUUAAGAAAACUGAAGAAGCACCAAUAGCCCAUCAUGUGUGAGAACUGUCCACUUCAGCCCAUAGGUGUAUUCAUGUUUCCACUCUUCAUUGCAGACUUGAGCUCUCCUUGUGAAGUUUCACACCCAGUCGUGCAACCACACCCCAAGCAUCUCUAGUAAAUAAUCUGUCAGGUUGGGCUCAGGUACAGCAGUAGCCCAUAUGCUUUCAUAAGGUCCCCACUGGGACUUACCCUGCUGGAAAAACUGGUACCAAUGUAGCAAUGUAUUUACUGCUUUAGGUGUUUUCCUGGCAGAACUGCACACUUUGUGCAUUUGACUUGGUGAUUUUUGCCACGUUCAGCAGUCACACAACACUUGAGGAAAGUGCAGAGCUUGGUUAGACACGCACUGUUGUGCACAGCUGUCCGAUUCUGCAAUGUCCUGUUCUUAAAAAACAGACAGGUAUGUUUCUGAGGUCUAUACAUAUAACUAGGCACCUAUGUCAUUUCACUCCUUUUUGCCACCUGGAUAUUACCCCGUUCUUUUCUGACACUUAUAAAGACCCCUAAAAAUACCCCCAGUAUAUUCUGUUUGACUAGAGAGGAGCAUCACAUUCAGGAAGCAGGACUACAGUCACAAAAGUGCCCUGAAAUACAUCACAGCUUUUCUCUUCUCACUCACCAAUGAAGUCUUUUCUUCGGUUCUCAUUUGUCACACAGUCUGAUGGUAUCUAUGGGAUCUUCAAACAAAACUAAAUUAUAUGGCCUCUGUGUGUGUGCGCAUGCCGACAGAUGUGAGUACGUAUGUGUAUGUGUGCAUGUGUAGGUAGCUAGCUAGCUAGCUCUGGCUUUACAGAUUCCUAAUUGGGUAUGGAGACACACAUGGAUCAGGGAAGGGUUUAAAUAAAACAAGGGUUACAACAUGAACUGUGGAGCAUUGGCACGAACCUGUAGCACGCUACUUUAACAGUAUGCGUGUACACAUAUAUUCACCAAACACAUCUGGUUGGCCAAAUGCCCUUAACUGAACGUUUGCCCAAACAAAACAUUUACCCUCAUUCAAAACUUGACUCCCAGACCUGGUCCAGCGUGUUUUUGUGAGUGCCUCUCAGAGCCUUGCAUGGUCUUUCAGCCACAACAUACAUAAAACAGUGCUGCUCAGCAGGCUUCACCAGCAGAAGGGACAUCCAGGGGACUGACAGCUCUCAAGCUAUACUCUUGAGUUCAGUCACUCAUUUCCACUGAAUUUCAUCAUGUUCACCUGACAGGGGAAUCAAAUGCAAACAAUGUAAUCCAACUUGCCUCUUUGCUCCCCUUAAAAAGGACAGUAAAAAAUUACCAAGUCAUUAAACAGUUAGCAACGCAGUGUAUUGAUACGUACAGGCUCUAAAAUAAUCUCUUGUAUCCAGAGCCCUAUCAAACAGCUCUUUCCCCACCUCAUGUACUCUGCAAUAUGUUGGCUAUGAAUAUCUUUACAAGUAGUAAAAACAAUGUAGGCAGAAUGUGCAGUCGCUAACAAUUAACUUUCUCUCCCGUGGUCUUUGCCAAAAUCCUUUCAGGAACAUCUUUAGUGUGUCUAGAAGACUGGUAGAUUGUCAGGAGAGGAAGGCAUUGGUUGGUGAGAGCAUUCAGCAUGUAAUCCACGAAAACUGCGGGAUUUCUGGAACUCAUUUUGCUCUCAUUUCGUUAGCGGGAUGAAUCAGUAUGUUUAGCUACAGCUGCCUAUUUUGGUAUCGUGUUGGCCCUGAAGUAGCUUUUUAUUCUUUUCACUCUGGAGUUCUUUUGUCGUCGUCACAGAAAGGGUAAUUGAUGAUUUUAUUUUAUUUUUUCCUUUCAUUUUCUCUCAUACAAAGUUGAGUAAAUGUUAUUCCUCUUCUUAUAUUGGUGGCAUUUCCCUUCCCCUUUUGAGUAAGACGAUAAAUGCAACAAUUUUGGCUGGUUGAUUUUGGGGUGAGGUUUUUAUUUUGGUUUGGGGUUUUUCUUUGGUUUAAUGUACAUUGUCUCUCUAUAGUCAAAAUGUCUGUGACUGUAACAGUACGUAUUUCUUUUACUGGAGAAAAUAGACUUUUUGGUUUUUGUUAACAGUACUAGUGACUUUGUGGAAAAUGACAAGUUGCUAUUUAGAUCUGCUUAGUUAAGUACAGUACACUACAAUACAGUAUUUCUGAAAGCUAGAACAUACAGUACACAAUAUAUAUAGCAAUUCUAUAUCAAUAUAUAUACAUAGUAUAAUCAUUUAACUUUUGCAUCUGCCUAUGAUCAUAGAGGAAUUAUUUUUCACAUGUAUCAUUCACAACCCAAUCAACUGCUGCAGCUAUUUGAAGCAUUUAACAAUCAUUAUUACAGCUCUAGUGUGCUUUUUCAUAUUAUUGGCUUCUUUAUUGUCUUUACAAGUAUUUUUUCAGGCUUUUUAAAAAUUUCUAUGUAGCGAGAUGUAGGAAAGUAAUUUUUUUUAAGAAAAGGUAAAACAGUAUUAGGCUCUACAAAAAGUUAGAUAUUGUUCCGUGCUAUCCCUUUCAUAUCAGAAGAACAAUAAGUCAAAACAAUUAAGAUUAUCUAUUAGCUCUCCUCAAAGAUGUCCUGUUGUUUCAUUUGUAAAAGUGUAUGUCAGACUUUCCUCUUCCAUUACUACUAGCCUUGGAGAAAGAUGCCGCAAGAGAUCUUUCACUCUUUCCAAGAUCUGUUUCUUCAAAGUCUUAAGAUUUCCUAAAAUUCUUCCCUGCACUUAGAAGAAUAUAUAUUAUUCUUUUUUACAGUCAUUCUGAAUGUGGCCAGUGGAUUUUGACAGGAAUUGGAUACAAAAAACCUCUAUCCACCACUAUUAAUAUCACAAUUAGAUCUUUCCUUAUCCACUUGAUCCUCCCUUUUUCAAAUGACAGCAAACUUCCGUAAGUCAGAGUUUCAGUUCAAAAGUUUUCCAAGGUGAGUGUUGCCUUUAUCAUCUUCCAGUUGGUUCUGAACUUUGAGUCAGACCCAUUAGGAUUUCAUUGUCAACAAAGAGCUACUGAAAAAAAUGUCACUAGGGAUAUGUAAACAUCUAGGUCCAAAGAGCCCAGAGGAAGCUGAUGGAUGCCCAGACCUUGUGGCUUGGGGUGUUCUUUCCAUGUUCUCAUCUUGUAACAGAUUGCCCAGGCAGUGAGUCCACAUCAAAACUUUGUACGAGUCCAGACUUAUGAAAGCUUGGGAAUGUAUGGUUGCUUUUCUGAUUCAGGUACAUCUCAGCUGACCUUCAUUCCUUUGGUCAAUAACAUAUCACUCCUAAAUGACAAUGUGCAAAAUCAAGUGGAUGAGGGUUGUGGAGGAGGUAUUCAUUGUAUCUCAUUUCUUCUAACUGUAAAGACUGGAAGAAAUAAGAGAUGGUCACAUCAAUUACAAACUGUGCUUUCAUUGAGAAUGAGUAAAUCCGUAUCACUGCAAAUCAGUAAACUUAAAAGUGAUUUCGGAGUGGGAAGAGAGGGAAAGAGUUAAUUAUUCCACCUCUUGGGAUAAUAAAAUGAGAACUUCAAGCGUGGGAAUCAUCAAGUGCUGGCAUUUCCUACAGACUCCUGUCAUCUGCCAUUUGCACUUACGUGGAGGCCACUACCACAACAUUUUGUUCUUUCUACUUGCAGUUUAAAAGUCACAGUCUUCCAGCAGUGAUUUCUAAGUCUGGCUUGUCUUUAUUCUCUGUAUAUCCAUUUCUGAGGGAAGGAAGAGACUACUAAUUUGCCCUAUUACAUAAAGGAUGAUUUUUCAGCCUUUAAGCCAAAAAGAUGCCAUUUCCCAGAUUAAUUCCAGUUAGCUGCUGCAACAGAGUGCUGAUUCAGUGGUCCACAAUUUCUGACCAUGGUCUUUGCCUUUUCCUUUGAGUGCUAAAUCAUACAUAUUUUAGUAGAGAGUGUUCUCACUUCCCUGAGAAUGCCUGCUCAUUUAAAUGGCUGCAUACCCAUUCCACGCUUCCCCUGCUAAUCCUUUGUAAGGUUCAGUAAUUCAUUUAGGAUAAUUACUAGUUAAUAUGUUUCUUGAUUUAACUUCCUUGUUGCCUUUUAUUUUUCCUAAUGCUUUUUUUAAGCACCUCAGUUCAUUUUGCAUCUUAUACAGUUUACAGUUUAUAUUUUUAGGCUAAGAAGUGGUUUUACAAACAGGAUGGUACCAAACAGGUAGAUUAUCCACACUAGAGAUUGUACUUUUAGAAUGCAGUGUGUACAGAUACAAUUGCCUAAGGGAAAGUGAAACUAACAAAAUAAUCGGCUGGUGAACACUAUUUUAACAUACCUUUAACAUAAAGGACAGUCAGUCAUUUGUGAAUCCAGAAAUCUUGCUUUUUUGAACAUGUAUCCUUUCUUUUUCAUUCUCUGAAGAUACACUAGUCUUGAGAAUUGUGUUGUUCUAAGAAACUCAUUUCAUAUGUGCAUAUUUUCUGCUUUUCUGAGGAGACAGAAAACAGAAAGUGAUACUGGCUUUGCAGUUUUAUAGAAUCUUGCAUUGGAGACUUUCCUUGAAUGAUAUAAACAUCAAGGGAAGGCCCUGUCCAAGUAUUAGCUUUAUUCUAGUAUAUGGUUUUCAUUAUUUCUUUUGUUUUCCAUCUCCUCGUUGACCGAGCAGACCUCCUGGGCUAAUGCAAGCCAUGGUCUCAUGUUUCUGUAGUUGACAGCAUUUGUAUUCAGCUCCCUUUUGCACUUCUUUUCUGUUUUGUACGGCUUUUGAGGAACACAACAUUUGAAGUAGGUAACACUGUCACCACGAGAGGGAGAACCUUGUACUAAGAGCACGUUGCUCUGUGCUACUGUGCAGGGACAGAAAGGGAUUUUAAAGCUCUUCACUGCGAGGUUGAACAAGAGGAGAGUCCCCCCACCUUGGGGGUGCUUGCACCAAAGACUGGGGGGCUCCCAGGAAAGAGGAGUGUUUGAACUCCAUGCAAGAGACUUGCUCAUUACCCACACCACUUAGAGGAAAAGACUGAAUCUUCAGCAUCUGCUGCUGCUCUUUCUUUUUCAAGUAUGACUACCUUUAGUUUUUAGAAAGGUAUAGUUCCUAUUUAUUGAGGGAAGAGAUGUCAAUCUUUCAGUUAUUGGUGUCAGAACUAAACUUGUUCGCAAGCAUCUUCAACAAGUUUCCUUGUCUUUUGGGGUGCCCUGUUUCCUUUGUCGUAAUGACGGGAUGUAGGUCAGACUGCUGUGAAAUUCUGAUGAAUCUUUUAAAUCUUUGAUUUAUUCCCAGCUCCACAUAUGCUGAGCAUUCAGUCCCCUGGAUCCUUGCUCCAAAGUUCAGAUUCAAAGAAAUUCUUACAAGGAAAUGAAGCAGAAAAUUGGUGGUUUCCCCUAAGUUCCACCCAUAAUCAGCUUUUGUUGCCAAACAUAAGAUAAAUAGGCUGCUCAGCUCAGGAGGGAUGUACUGAAUAGCCUUUCUUGUCAGCACCAGUGAGGUCUAUGCUUAAUCCUGAAAACUGAUCGGACCAAUACUCACUGGGCUAAAUUCUCCAGGUGUGACUCGUAAUCUUUUGUUGACUUCAGUGCAUCUUCUCAGACAGGGAAAGCAUAUGUAGUCCUACAGAAAGUCAUAGACCUAAGAACUAGUUUCAUAUACAUCCAUUAAGAUGUCACAGGACUGCUCCCGCUAAUUUAGCAUGUUUCUGCCCAAAAUUUUUAUCCUUCGUAAAACUGACCUAAGAUUUGAUUUCAUUCCACUGGACAGAUUUUACUUGUGUUAAGGGUUCUGUGAUUAAAUGGUCUCUCCUUUUUGCUGGGAGUCUUAAAAAUUCAGAAGGCUGCUUCCCACUGAACAACACAUGGGACUCUUUUUGUCCAGAGAGAGGUAAAUAGUAGCGUAUUUAUCUUCAGUAAUUAAAUAGUGAGCCACAACAGCUAGUGUAUACGUAUAUGAAACACAGCAAUUGCUUUUCCCUAAUUUACAGACUUGCUACACCACUUUUCUAUUACCAAAACAAUGUAAAAGCAUUUGGGGAGUAAAUGACAGCUAUGACCCAGUGUCAUUGCAGCAGUGAUAUUUGGAGUUAUUUGAUUCUAGGUUUCUGACUACUUUACCCAGAAGCUCUCUAGCCAUACCUUUUCUGUAAUCAUGUGGGUAAAAUAAAAUUGCUUCUUUGUAACAUCUGAUUAUAUAACCCCAAAUUCAGAGUAUACAUCAAGCUUUUCUUUAGACUUUUUUUUAAAAAAAAAACAAAAACAUGCUAGUGCAUCAUAUAUGCAGGAGAAUGGAUUGGAAACCAUGUAGUCUGGCAUGAGUUUAGCAUUUCAGCAAGCAGAUUGAAUACCCUCAAAGUACAGCCAGCUGAACAGCAAGAAAAUUCAUUGCUGAUGAUUAGAGAAGAGAGGCAAAAUUGAUAUUCACAGACUUUACAGAAAAGCUAGAAAGCUUUAUCAGUUUUGUGUCUUGUGUAUGCUUUGACAUGGGACACACUGCUGUAGCUAUGCACCCAGACAGAGUGUGUUUAGAUGCUGGCCCCUUGCCAUGCCUAGCAAUUCGAUUACAGUCUCUAUUUUUUAUGGUAGGCUCAUUGCUAAAGACAAACAGCAAAAGUCCUUAUGGGCUGGCAUUUUUCUAGUUUGGAGGUGGAUAUUCAGGGUCCCUGCACCCUUAUUUAGAUUCCUUCUCUUAGGCUCCUUCCUUAUUUCUGUGCAUUUGAAAGCCUGUUAAUCUUUUCUGCACUAGAAUGAAACAGAGUGUAUCUGUGUGUCUGGAGUCGAGGGCACAGUUCUACCUUUGCAAGACAAAGAAAAAGGAGGAACCUGUUUCUCAUAUAUUCUUUGGUUUAUUUGUUGGUAUUUGCUUUUGUUUACAUUCUUGGUUGGCUGCAGUCUUCAACAAAGGAUCGGGAAUAGGAGAAAAGAGAGAAGGCAUGAGGAAGCAUAUGCUUAGACCUAGAUGAAGCAUCAUGCAAUAUACUCUAUGUACCAUGCAAUUGCAGAGAGGUUCAUAUAGCAGCAGCGGAAUUGCCCUAAUGUGUUCCUCUUUCUAUACAUUUCCCUUUCUUGCUCCUCUGUCCCUGUUGUGGCCUCUUACACAAUUUUAGUGGUUCCCCACAGUCCUUUCUCAUUGUUAUGAGGGUUAGAUGGAAGCUCUUGUGGCUGUCCAUACUGAACUUAAUCUCCAAACCAGUGAGUAUCCCAAGGCCUUUAUUGUGUUUUCCCAAGUGAUAUCUUAAUGAGUGGCAAGCCCCGGCAGAUGUUUUAUUUUGUUAAAACAGAUCAAUUGACAUGGGGAGGUAUGGGCUGAUUGGGAUUCAGUAACCUACUUGCCUUUGUUACUAGCAAGCUUUAUUUUGUUUGUCUUAUGUGUUUUCAUUUUUAGGUACGUAAGAGCUUAUAUGCCUGUCAUUAAAAUUCCUGCUUUUCCCACCAUAGUCCUAGAAGGGCUAUGAAAAAAAAAUCCUUUAUAUAUAUUGCUUGUGUAUUUGAAGGGUGAGGGAGGGAGUUGUCCACACACGUGUGUCUCUGUGUGAGAGGGAGAAAACUGAAGUUAGUGUUGAUCUGUCCAUUUGUUUUAGGGUGGCACAGAGAGCUGCCAUGUUGAAGAGUUGAUUGCACUACAGAACCUUAGCUUGGGCACUGUUAAAAUAAGGACUGUAUAUUGGGAACAGGGAAGCUUUUUAGGUUUUUUAUCCACACUUACACAUGCCCUUUGCAAGGUGUACCCUUGCAAAGUUCGCAUCUGACAAGUUUGUGUAAAACCACUACUGACCUUUUUUGCUGUAUCCAUUUAGUUCUCUCUUCUUUCUGCAGCCCCCAGACAAUGACUUGUCUCCUUUCCAUUUUCAGUUGUUCAGCUUAUUAAGUUUUCAAUAAAUGUCCUGUCUACUAACGAGAUCUCUACAUUGAGCAGGAGGAGGAGAGAAAAUAAGGCAUGUGAAAGUGUGGCUGGGAGACUGCAAAUCCCCCCUCGUUUUGGGGCAUUCGUGUACUUUUACUGAAAGCUGAUUUCUUGGGGACUGGGUGGGGUGGGGAGGGAGUUUGUGCUUUUUUGGUCUGGAUAAGGCUUUUUAUUUUUGCACUAAGUAUGACUGCACUGCACUGCAUUGCACUACUGAAAUGUAUUUACAUGUGGUGGGAUUGGAAGGGGCCAAUUAAGCAGGAAGGGAGAAGAGAAAAGGAUGGGCACAGAAAACAGGAUGUAUCUUAAACUUGACCAGGUUGGAAGAGAACUGAGGUUACCUUUACUUUAAGCAACUAGUCAGACACUGAGAUAGCUGUAUUGGAUAGCUUCUGUAAAAUAAUAAUAAUAAUAAUAAUAAAGUAACAAAAGCACUAUAAUGGAAACAGAAGAGGCAUCACAGGUUUCAGGGUGCUACAGAUCUUUUCCCCACUUUUCCUAGAGAGUGUUCUUUGCGGCUGUGAGAGCGUUAAGAGAACUGCUUAGCACAAAAUCAGAGUAAGGCUUCAACAUGAAGAUACCAAUUCCUAGUUCAAAAUCUGCUCAAAACCUGCCUUGUCAGAUCGGAUCUCCUCAGAGAUGUUUGACUGUAAUCAGUAUCCCUUGGGUGUAAGCAUGAUCUCUCAGCUCAAGAAGUGAAGCCACAAAGCAGGCUUACCAAAGGGGAAGGUCACUGAAAAUAAAUAAAUAAAUAAAGCACUUCUUUCAAAGGCUGUUAUGGGGACGGUGCAAUAAACAGUCAUUCUGAACACUCGAUUGAAAAUGUUCCAGUCAAGCCUUUGGGGGCAGAGGGAGCAGGAGGGAUGUGGACAAGGAAGGGCGAUGUGGAAUUCAGUACAAUAAAGAAUAUUCCUGCUUGGGCAAAGAUGCUCUCCGGCAUUUUUAGAUCUUCAGUCUGAUUUCUCUCCUCAAAGAGAUAGUCAAGCAUUACAAAGGCUUUUGGCUGGAACCAAACAGAAUCCUAAGCUGGAAAGUAUUUACAGUCAUGAUGCAUGUUGGCCUAUACCUUGAUCAUUGACUCUGUAACAAGCAUAAUAUGAGAAAAAAAGAAAACAACAGUAAUUUGCAGCAAGGUCCAUCUCUGCUGUAGUUCUUUGUGGUCUAAAAACUAUCAAAAGUUGUGUUGAAUCUCUUCAGUAAGACUAUAGUUCCAACUUCUGCCAGAAGGCAGAUUAGAAUCAUGAAGAAUGCUCUGUGUAGCAGCUAGGAGAAGAGUGUAACACAGGAGUGCAUCUGCUUUGGGUCUGCAGUAUAGGGACCACCUGUCUGAUGUGCACGGAGGUUUCACGAGCAUAAGGGGGGAGAUUCCAAUUCCUAAGGAAAGCCUACAGUAAUUGGGUGUUCAGAGGCCUAUUCACACCCUGAAUUUCUCCUGAGGCCUGAAGCUAAGACCUUUUGGCUCCAUUAGUACGAAGGAAUGGGCAGUGGUACAGACCUUAUGCAGAUCUGCACAGUGCAAAGCUGGUUUUGCUGGUCGCUCUGUUGGACUGCCUCAUUUGAGAAAAGUAUGAACAACUAGAGGAGAAGAGGAUCUGGAACCAAAAGAGACUUUGGAGAUAAGGACAUGCUGUCUGGGAAACUGAGAUUUCCACUCUUAGUUACAUUUCAUCCAUCGUGGCUUGGAAGUACUGGAAGAGAAGAACUGGAUAUAUCCCCCUGAGGUAGUGUUAGGUGAACUACUGAAUGGCUCUUCCCAUGAGAGCAGGCAGGGCAGUCUCUUUCUGAGCCACCUGCAGGACUCCUGUAAGAUGAAUACCACUGGAAGGCCAUCUUCCAGUACUGAGGCAGUGGAUGCCCAACAAAAGCACAGUUCGUUUGAGAGCCAGCAUAAUACAGUGGCAGGAGAGCACAUUUAGUUUAAGUGGCAUUUGCUUCUGUAAGAGUAGUGACGGCUACGGAGUCAUGAUAUGGGAGGAAAUCAAGUCUGUCUACUGAAGUUAAUUUGGGUUAUGAGCCAAUAUUCCCCAUUUUUGUUUAGGUGAGUUUUGUUUUGUUUUGUCAUUUAAGGCAGCUGCAUAUAUUGCUACUGUCAGAGUAGAUUUGCAUUGUCAAAGAGGAGUAGUGGACUGCUCCAGAAAAAAGUGAAGCUGAGGGUUUACUGAGCCUGCUGUGUCCAGAGUGCCUUUCCUGCUGUGGUGAAAUAAAGAACUUCUGUAGUUUGAGCUGUUCUGGCUGACUGAUUGCUGCAUAUUCCUCCCUUGUGGUGUGACCCGCUGUCAGCCGUAUUUGGACAAGGAGAGGAACACUGCAUGCUUGCAAUGCUGUGAUAAGAUGCCAUUUGCACUAGUUUUUAAAAAGUACUGCAAACCUGGAAAAGAGGGCUUUGAGCCAUGCUCCCAAAUGGGGUUUGAAUUCUGCCUGUUUAAACCUGAUUCCAGCUGACUCAGUUUCAACAAAAGCGGUCUAGCCCAUGUAGAGAAGAACCAAACCAUUUCAGAAAGCCACAUUCCAGCCUCUGUUCCCGCUCGGUUACAGUGCUCAGCCAGAUCAGUUCCUGGACGUAAGUGCGAUUGUAGAGUUUUAAAUGGCUCUUAAAUAGGUUGUUCCUUUUUACAUGGUCAGUUUGAAACUAGUUUGACUGGAACUGCAUUUAAAUAUAGCACAAACUCAAUUUUUUCAGCAUGGUACUAAAGCCCUGUGUGGACAGUGCUUGACUGAGAAACCAAGGAUAACUUGAGGUUUAUUUAAGAAGCCAAACAUAUGUUGCUGAUUAGAGAUGCCGCAUAACUUAAUGCCCUAUUUUUUUCUCCAGAUGGAGAAAUACUAACUUCCAUAAUUCUCCUCCAUUUGACAUCCUGCUUCGUUGUUGCACCUUUUCUCUUGAAUGAAAAUCACUUUGGCCAGUGGGCUAGAUCCAAACCAGAACUUCCCUUUACUGUUUGAUCAUCUUCUUUCUGUAUGUUCCUUUCCUAGAUGUUGACAAGCACUACUGAGGAUCAGCUUGAGUAUUUGCUGGGACUGUGUGGCGUAGUUAUAGUUCAAUAAGAUGCUAGUGAUGUUUUCAACUCUACCGUAACUGUAUAGCUUACCAUUGAAGAGAAUGUUGUUUCAGAAGUUCCAGUGGAGAAAAAAAAAGGAGAUGCCAGGAACCGUGAUGGACAGUCACAGUGCUAUGGCUGUGUUUGUAGGGAACACAUUUCUGGUGGCUGGUGAUGCUGACAUUUACAAAGGCAAUUCUGUAGCAAUAGAGAAUGUAUGCUUUCUCAUCCCUGCUGAACUUAGAGAAUUUAUGCUAGCAGAAUGAUCCCAGACUAUCCUGUUAGAGUUCAUCACGGUUUCCCUGAUGGAGAAGGCUAAGCAAUCUGUCACAUUACCUUAGGCAGUCUGAAUUUGCUUCUAGACUACUUCCAAAUGGCCUGCCAGCCAGGUGAUGAUUGAUUGAUCCCAGUUUCACACUGGCUGGUGGUUUGCCAAGUCAGCCAAGGUGACCAAGACAUAGCCUUGGCCCUAGCUAGGAGCCUUUCACCUUUCCUUUUCCUUUUGGUUUUCCAUCAAACCAGGAGUGCAAUUAGUGGUGAGUAGGUGGCCGGUCAGCUGUUGCUCCAGGUGACAAGAAUGGCAAAGCCACAUGGCAAAUUGAGCUACUGUUGUCCCUCAGGACACCCAUAAAGGCAAGAGACCGGGCUCUGGUUGCUGGUGUAGUUCCAGGCCUACAGCUUCUGCUGCUUGCCCCCCAAAACUUGUUUUGAUCAACCGUGCUAUUGCCCUUGAAUAUGCUUUGUGUGUGAAAAACUGAUUGCAGUUGUUCUGUUGUCUGUUUUCUCUCUUCUGUAUCAUGGAUGUGGCACCAACUUACUCUCACAAUGAGCUUGGGUGUUGUUUUGCUGUUAUUAUUAACAUGUAAUUCUACUGUAGACCAAAAAAUAUGAAAAGGAAAAAAAUCAGUUUCAAGACGUAAAAGACCAGUGAGUGAAAGGUGAAAAAUUUAGGAAGCAAAGGUGUAAGAGAAGCAGUGGUUAACUGUGUUAAGUUAGAAAUCUCAGAAUAGCCUUACCUAUUUCUUAACCAAUGCUUACCAAUCAUCCAGUAGUGGGGAUAGAUAGCUUUGUUGGCUCAUUCAUCCUUGUAUCCUAAUAUAUAUAUAUAUUUUAUUUUUGUUUCUUUGGUAUUGCUGUUGCACAUCAUGUUGUCUUUUAUAAUGCCUGAUUUUAUUGUAUUGUACUUUAUCAAUCUGUUUUGUUUUUGUUUUCCUUUUGAAGGAUGGGAUAAAUAAUGUUUCCUUUUUGUUUUGAAUUUUUGAGAAAAAAAAUGCACUGGAAGUAAACACAAACACAUUUUGCCAUUUGAAAAAAAAAUGGAAAACACACAGCCACGCAGUGGAAAAGGCUAAGAAAAAGCUCCUCUCUUCUUCCUUAUUGUGGAAGCAUCUUCUAUCAGAUAUGCUAGAAAGAAAACAUUCAAUCUCAAACAAAGGAAGAGAGAAGCCUCUUUGAUCCUAGCUCUGCUACCUGGAGUAUUUAAGCGCAGUGUUUUGCAGGGCUGGGCUCCUAAAUGGCCAACAGUCAUAAAAUCCAGAACCACAUGGGGCAAAAUUCAUCCCUGGUGCAAGCAGAUGUAAUUGCAAUGAAGUCAAAAGAGGUACACAAAGGAUGGAUUUAGCCACAUGCAUGCAAGAUACAGCUGCCUUCCCUGUAGUACCUAAGUCCCCACUGCUAGAUUUUAUUGAUGUGGAAAUGGCUGGUCUUUUGGCUGUGUUAAUCGCAUAAUACCCAUCGAACGUUGUUUGAGGUAGGCAAAACACUUUCCCACUGAAUAAAUCAGUUCUGGAUGCACCUUUGCAUGACGCCUUUUGCCUACCAGCUUUCAGCUGUUACCCACUCCCAGCCGCGAACUGAUCCGAUCUAACUCUGGUUGAAGAGCCUGCCUUUGCCAGAAAAUGGACUUGACUAUUAAGCGUAGUAAAACUUCUGCGUAUUUAACUACUAUAACCCAGAAAUGGCCCUUGCACUUUUAAGGCAUAUGGAAACAUCCUCUCUGUCUUUCAAAAUGGCUACGGUUCUUUUGCGAGUAAAUGCCACAGACACACACACACAAAAAAAAAUCUGGGGCUCGUUGCCCCCAAAUCCUUCCCGUCUCUUUCUGUGUUGGCAGUGUCCUGCCCCCCUAGUGCCUGCUCACCUGAGUACAGCGGGACAGAUGCAUGUGUUGAGAUAAAUGCAAAGAGCACGCAUUUUAAAAGGCAGAUGAUUUUCCUGUUAUGCCAGCAUCUUUGAAUUCCCAUAUCAGCUGAUGGUUUUUCCUAGCCUGACGGCUUUCAGUCAGUGUUGAAACAUUGGCUUUCGCUGUUUUGUUUUCUAAGGAGGGAAUGUGGGGUGGGGAGAAUAAUGUGUUGUUGUUUGUAACUUCACAGUCCUGAUAGUUGGUUUGUAUCUUCCAUAUUUUAUGCAAAAACAGACAUUAUAAGUCAAUAAUAAUUGUGCCCUAGGUUGAAAGUUAAGUGUUCAGGAAAGGAAAAAAAUGGUUGGCAUUUUUCUACAUUUUUGUGAAGACUCUUUUGGAAAGGAAGGGUACAUAUUUUUGUUGUGUAGUAUUUUCUAUUUUUGAAUGCAUUUUCUUGGUACAAGACUGUUUUGUGGAAUUUUUUUUCUUUUUGGUGAACACAUUAUUUAAAAAAAAAAAAAGAAAAGAAAGAAAAAACUAAUUGAAAAGUUUGCCCUUAAGGAUAUGCUGCAGUUUUGAGGUUUAAAAUAAAAAAUAAAAAAAAACCAUUCAAGGCGCGUGUUAAAAGUUGGGGGAUUGUAUUGUUGGGAGUUUUUUUGUAAUUGUUACAAGAAGAAGUUUGUAGCCACUGCUGUUAUUUUGUUUCAGAUGAGUAAGUAAAGGGAUUGUUCUUGUGUUAUUCUUUUUUUAAAAAAAAAAAGUUAUUUAUGAAAUGUCACAAACACUGGACUGUGAGUUUGUGUGGAAGCAUUUUACCACCCUGUGUCUUCAUAGAGCUGUUGGUGAUCCUACUUCUCAUUACUCUGUCUCACGAUUUCCUGAGCAAAUUUGGGGCGAAAAGUGGGAGGGGGAGAAGUAAAAGAGAAACUGAAUGCAUUUUUGAGGCAGAAACUUGGGGGGAAAAACAAAACAGUGUUUUGGAAUCCCAACCUGCUCCGUCAGCUCUACUUCUUCUCCCAUCUACCACAGGAACGCAAGGGCUUGCACUCAAUGGUGGUGGAGAAAGAAAACUUGUGGUAUGUAGACGUGGCAAUGUGCAAGGGGCUAAGUGACUGAAAGCCGCGAUGCUCAUAAGGACCUCUGUAAAUGACAUCCCAGUUUCUCAGUCAACAGCUCCCCUGGCAUGCCCAUUAUCAGGCCAGAGGCUUUUGGGACUGCCUCACUAACCCAACCAAAACCUUGAGGUAGUUCUGCCUUUUCAUGUGCCAAGCGAGCUCUUUUGGCACGCCACCAGUGGGCACGAACAGUAGGGAGCACUGCUCAGUGCGAUCGCUGGCUGUUGACCUGAGGAGAAGUAGAGACUGGAGGUGACCAAGAGGUGUGUGGUGCUCUCAGUUUUGAGGAACAAGCUUAAAAACGAUUGGAGAAGCAAGCUUCAGGCAUUCGUUGGACCAGAGAAAAGGGAAAGGGGGAAGACACCAACAGCCAUAACAAAACUGGAGAUAUGUAACUGGGCUACAUACUAGACCAACCAGACUCUUUUCCUUCCUGGACAAUAAUGCAGCCAAAUCUUGAGACUGUCAAGCAGACAGAAAGCUGAAUGUGGCCUUCAUUUCUCCUGCCUUUCCUUUGUUAUUCUCCUCUUCCUUUGCCCUGAGAUUCUUCUCAGUGUGCAUCCGCUCUGCUGAGCACUUCUUUUGCCCUCCAACCUAAACUGCCCUUGCUUUCGAAAUGUGGGUCAGUCAGGACUGAGUAAAUCAUGUGCCUUCUUUUUCCCCUUUUGUAAUUAUACCGACCUCCUCCCCUUCCCCAACUUAGACGUGCGAGAGAGGCAGGAGGAGGCUGUUUAGGAGUGCUACUUGUCUACAGGCGUCCGGCAAAACACUGAGGUGGUGGUGAGGGGAAGGGGAGUGGAGAGACAGUUUUUCAGCUCCUUCCCCUUUCCACACGUAGCAAGUCUUCCAAGGAGACACCCUCCACCACCACCUCCUCAGAUGGCCCUCUCUCCUUACCAUCAGUCCCCAGGGGCAUGGGAUGGCUCUUUCUCCGCGAUUCCUAUCCGGCUGAGCAAAGCACUCUGUUGGAAUUUCAUGUCAUUUGCAAGCAGUUACGCUGAUGAGACAAAUGCAGUUUGUGGCCUUAUCGAGAUGACUUUUAAACCACUAAAAGAAAAAAAAAAAAAAAAGGCAACUCAAUUCCUGCCCAAGGUUUGUGUCACUUCUAAAACCCAGUCCGUACCAGUUCAGACUCCUUAAAUCUCAGUCCAUUUUAAGGAUGGUGGGUAAACUGACCAGCCGAGCACUUAAAUGCUAGACUGUCUGGUCUCAUGCUUUCUUUGCUAUAAUCCCUACUGUCUGCUUGCUUUUCUUACUUUCUCUAUAUUCUCUGCUUUACGAGGCAGCCCUAGCCUUUGGUAAAAGGUGAGAGGAGCCAGUGGGAUCCUGGCUCAGGAAAAGUAGUUGACGGCUCAUUUUCAGUGUUUUAGCAGGAGAAGGUUAUGCCAGCUGCCACAGCAAAUGCAUAUUACGAUGGGCUGACUGUGGCAUUUUUAGGGCCAAUAAACCCCACCCAAUUACCGGAAAUGGCUUAUUCCCGGGUCAAAGCCAUGGAGAGAAAAUAGCGCUUUGGCUACUGGAGAGCAGCCUGCAGUGUACAGGACAAAAGAUCUGCAGCCAGCCUGCCCCUCGUCCUCUCUGUGGACUUGCCCGUGGCACGGUCGGUGUCCCUGACCCCCCGGAGGAGGCCAGCAGCACUGCAGGGCUUUUCUGAUUUUAAGAAUCAGUGCUAAAGCAGCCCCCAAAUAGUGCCCACUCGGCAGGGUGAACGUCUACCUGUGCUGUUCUCCUGACACGCGGGUUUUCCAGGUCACCCUGAACAAAUCCACCUGUAAAAGCUGCACACGCCUGGGUGGUGGGAAUGCAAAGUCCCCUUUGCACUUCCAUAAAGAGAUAAUAAAUGAAAAUGCUGUGGAUAGGGGACUGGAAAUCUAUUCUGUAGGUUAGGCUCUAGAGACGGGGAGGAGCAGCCGGGGAACGAUGGGUUUAUCUCCCCCUCCCCAUUAAUGGUGUGCAGGUAUACACAGAGGAAGGGCGUAUUCCUAGCAACCUUUGGUGCUGAUGAUGGACUUCAGAUAUUUGUCCAAGGCCUAUUUUUGACACUCUAUACAUGUAGACUAAAAACUACAUCACAUGCAAUAUUUCCAAAAAAAAAAAAAAUAGGAGGGAGAGGGAGGAGAGUAGUGGGCAGUCGGGAUUGUUAGGGUUGGAUUAUUUUGCAUCUUUUGUAAAACUGUAAAUUCAACAGUGCCUUAUUCCUAAUAGAUGCUGGCACUUGGGGGACACACACAUGAAAGUAUCGAUGAAAGCCAGAACUAGGGAGAGUCAGACGCAUAAAACAGAGGUCAGUAAUCAUCGUAAUGGGAGCUGUAUUGGGAAUGACACAGCGACGUCAGAACUGAAAACCGCUCAAAUAUUCAAGCUCUAAAGCAAUUUCCCUUCCACCGCCUCCUGCCUUCCCUCCUUGCCAAUGGUGCUGCCCAAGAAUAGCUGCCUACACUGAGGCCUGUCACUGCCCCAUUUGCUUUUGGCGUUGUUGAGUCCAAGGAGUUUAGCAUAGUCAAGCUUUCCACCGCUACAGUGUUUUCCACGGGGUAUGUGAAUGCCAGUUGUUUUGCUUUAAAUGCACUUUAAAAAAAAAAAAAUCAAAUCAAAGCUCCAGACUGUUUCAAAUACAUAGGGGAAGCUAGUGCAUAUGUGUUUGAACCCAGUUCACUUUAUCUCCAGUUAAAAUGUACUCCAUGCAGUGUGUAUGUAUAGAACAAUGUGUAUGCAUACGAACACACACGUCAACCUUAAAUAUCAGCAGACUAACUUUUCUCCUUAAGCUCAUGAAACCAGAUGCUACACAAACACAGCAGCAGCAGAGGAAUUAACGGUUGGGCUCUUGAAACAGAUCACAAAAAAUAAAAGCAACUACUUGGUCCUUUCUGUAUGUUCAAUAAUUACAGAAGGAAUUGGGUUGUAACAGGAAUAAAAAGGAACGGUGCUAACUGAGUGAAUGGGCAAAACCAACAAAACAAAAACAAAAACUCAGCCCAAUAACGCGGUUUGACUUUAACACUAAUUCUCACAUUGGGUUGUUUUGUUAUGGUUUUUUUGUUUUGUUUAUAUGGGAAAAAAAGAAUUGCAUCUAAACUGAUCCACCCGCAAAAGAAAAAAGCAAACGAAAUGAAAUACAUCCUGCCCUGAAGAAGCUCUUGUUUAUGGAGGAUGUCAGAAGUCUCAAAACUCUCGGCCUUGCUCUCACGUACCACAUGCUCAAUCAGUCCUUUUUUUAAAAUGUCUGAAACUGAAAAAAAAAAAAAAAAGAAAAAAAAAGAAAAACUUUUUGAAGCACCUUACGUGGCUUCCCAUUCCAGGAGUGGGAGCCACCUUUUUUUCUUUGAGCACCUUACUGAUGUGUUAAUGCUAUCUGCUGUCUUUUUGUUGCCCGUUGGCUGAGCGGCUGGCUGUCAGCCUACACGCAAGCGCGGGGGCGAGGGCACCUUCCCAUUCCCGUGGCUUCGGCUGGGAACCAGGAGGAAAUUGCUCGGUUUCAUUCGCUCUGUUUCGCAGAAGGGG